GGCUAGAGUGUUGUGAUGUAUUAAUAAAAUCCAUAGCUUUUUUUGUAUUUCGACUUUGGGCAGCUUUCUCCAGUAACAAAUAUGGCCGCUGGGCGUUCUUUAGCCAGGACGAGUUAUAGAUGACCGAUGCAUGUAUUUGACGAAUCGGGAACAUCAUAGGCAGCAUGGCUGGCAGCAGACUGGAGAAGCUGGGAACUGUGUUCACCAGAACACGAGAUCUCAUGCGAGCUGGGGUAAUAAAGCGAAAUGAGAAGCCCAUCUGGUACGAUGUAUAUGCUGCUUUUCCACCAAAAAGGGAGCCAACCUAUGAGAAACCGCUCAACCGCAGGAACAAGCUGCCGGACAAUGUGCCUGCAAUUCUGUACAGUGAAGAUGUCAUACGCGCUAAAUUUUAUGAGACUUAUGGUGGUGCAGGAAUAUUUCAUUUAUACCGAAAAAACUUCAAAUCUAUUUGUCAAAGAUUUGUGGAAACAUACACAGAACUUCAAAAAGCAGGAGAAGUGAGUGAAGACAAGCUGUUUGAGGAGACCUCUAAAGCACUGCUUGCAGAAGGCAUUAUUUUAAGGAGGCCAGGUCCUUCAGGGGUCUCGCACCGGCAGUCUUCUGUACCAGAAAGCCAACCAGAGUCCACAGUGCAAUCUGCCACUGAAGAAGCCUCCUGAUUAGCGGAACGGACUACUCCCAACCCCC